AGUCCCCACGCAAUCAUGUUCAACAACUACACCCAUUUCGUGGAGGUGUACAUGUGCAGAGUGGUGCACAACCCGGUGGCCACCUCUGUACUCCUCCUUUUGUCGGGGUCUCUCGUCCACGGAGCCCAUUUGCAGCUGGUGGUGCGUUCGCAACAGUACGAGCUCCUUUUUGCCGAGGACUACGUGCUCGAUCUCAUUUCCAAUGCCAUCAACUUGGUGUUCCUCUUGCGGUUCCUGCUUCAAUGUCGUUUCCCGGUUGCUAUCGAAGCCGUGCUUUUUUUGGCUCAAAAUUACGGGUGCUACCUGCUUCUUACGGACCACGAACGGUCGUUUCUCUAUGGCUCUGGCGUGCUGACGGUGUUGAAGGCGUGCUUGGUGGGCCAGAUCAUGUUCCCCUACCUUAUCAUGGUGAUGAACCUUGUGGAGUGGUGCUCGGUUGGAUACAAAGACGAGCCAUACCCCUUCCUUUUCGAAUGCAACAACAACUACCUUCCAAUCUUCGUCAGCCACUCGUUCCUCUACAUCAACACCGGCUUCCCAUUGUUGGCAGACACUGCCGUGUUGCGCAAUGCCUUAUUGGUGUACACCCUCAGCGAGUUUUCCAUCAAGUUCUACUGCAUCUACAAGUUCAUUCUCUUCGAGGUGGGAACAAUA